GUUAUAGUGUUGGACGGAAGAAAAUGUAACAAGGCGAAGAUUAGGUGAACGUUUAGCUUUUGUUGUUGGUACUAGUACAUUCAGGUGGACAUAAAUGAUCAAAGACUCCGGUGAUUUCUACAGUGUGUUCACCGGAGCAGCUUUUUUUUACGAUUUUCCUCUUUUUUCGAUUCGUCCCUUCAUUCCACGUAAUCCUUGGAACGGAUCUCGAUUAUCGGUCACGUACCGUUAUCAUUCGACUGCCGUCCAGACGAGAGAUCGGAUGAUGGGUUAGAGUUUCGUGAAGUCGCUCCCGUUUCAUCCGCAGUAGUGUACUUCAAUGCCCAUUUCGUACCGAAAAAAAAUUAAGCUCACUGCAGUGGUGCUUGCAACUGGAAAUGGGAAUGGCUUCCAGGAUGUUUCCCCCACUUUCCCCCUAUCUAUAUUCAUGUAUCGGAAGGAGGGAGGGGAUGGGGUUAAAGGGAGGAUAAAUGAGACUGCAAAAACCAGGGGCAGGGAUCGAAGGGAUGGGGAGCAAUUGGGGAGAAUAAGAAAGGAAAAUCGUCUUUGGGUCAUUGCCAAAUUUCACUCUUUGAAACACCCCAAAGAACCAAAUCGAAUUUCUCUUUAUUAUUUAAAUGAAAUUUCUGGAAAAUUGCCCAGUAUAUUCUCUCGCAGACUUGAGAUCAUAUACUUUUUGAGGAGUAUUUUGUCCGCAACCGGAGAAAUAUAUAGGGAGGGCUGGGGCAUAAUGGGAUAUAUAGAGGAAAGUCUUUUUAUUUCAUUUUUUCAUUCAUUUCUAAAGUUCCUAUUUUUUAAAUUGUGUUACAUUCAGAGUUUUUAUUUUGUAUUUUUUUUAUAUUCGAGCUCUUCCGCGUUAUAAACGUUUGAUGCUGUGCAUCUAACAAAGAUUAAGUUCUUUAUAGACAAUGAUAUCAAUAUUGAAUCAUUUUUACGCCCCCUCUCUGCAACUAAAUUCCUGGAAGAAUUUCAAUCGACCAGAUAGAUUUUCCUACUUUUGUCGAAAAAGACAUAAAAAACUAACACAAAGUUUCGAUUCUGAUAGGACUUAACAUUGAUAAGUCAAGAGAAAAAUUGAGAAUGAAUGGGAAUGGAAGAUAGCAUGUGAAGAAAGGUCAUGGAAGACACGAUAUGAGAAAAUUUUCGUCUGAGAGAAAAAAAAUAUCACCUUAUAUUCUACGUCAGAGUUGAGAUUAGCCUUGGGGAGAUUACACCGAUGAAUAUUACCCCGACAGAUGGAAUUCAUUCGCCAUCAGACAUUCAAAUCGUCUCUGCUAACCACCAUUUUAUUGAAUAAAUUAAAGUUCGACAGAGAGAGAGUUGACUUGUGUGGGUGAACUCAGCCGCAUCACUCCCAACCUCCCUCAACUCCAGAGAUAAAACAAACCCAGUGAAAAGUACUUCACUGGAGCUGGGAAAAACCUCAACCCUCAGUUACAAGAUGUCUGUGAAUUCAAGAUGGAUUCCGUGCCGACUAAAGGUCGAGCCAAGUGUCUGCACACCGGACUACGAUGGUAUAAUCCUGGUGUCAGGAUGUCCGCCGGGGGUCGAUGAGCCUGAGCCCUUCAAGACUGUUCUCUUCUGUGCUGCGCAGAUUGACGAUGCCCUUCAGGAUAUUGGCGCAGUUUUGCCCAUCAAUCUACCAGCGAGACGACUUAUCUACAGUCCAACUGGACCACUCAAUAUGGACUAUCACGAUGUCAGAAGCUUUUCCGAGGCUGCUAGCAGGGGUAUCCAGAGAGCACUAAAAGCUGGUGUGAGAUGUCCAAUGAUCGUUCUACUUCCUGACUUACGUUUCGAGAACGUCGAGCUGGUCACCCUUCUUGGUGCACUGGAGGGUCUCUACGUUCCUCUGGAGGUGAGGGAGAGCCAUCCGACAAGAUGCUACAAAGCCCAUCAACUGGGAGUCUGGAGUACCAUCUGCAGCCAGAAGCUUCAAGCCAUCGUGAAACUAGCAUCGGCACUCGAGAGUGGUAGAUACGUCGCUAGGGAUAUCGGUGGUGCAGAUCCUGAGCGAAUGACACCAGCCAGAGUGGAGGAGUACAUAGCCGAACUAUUUCAUGGUACAAACGUAAACGUUCAAGUCAUCAGUGAUGAGGAUACACUUCUCCAGGAGUAUCCUCUCUUCGCAACGGUAAACCGCGCUGCUUCUGUUGUACCACGUCACCGUGGUAGAGUCAUAUUUCUCACUUACGAGCCACAGAAUCCUGCUUGUGUAUUAGAGACCCUUCUACUUGUGGGUAAAGGUGUUACGUAUGAUACCGGUGGUGCUGAUAUCAAGAUUGAGGGAGGUAUGAUUGGAAUGUCGAGGGAUAAGUGUGGUGCUGCUGCAUGUGCUGGCUUUAUGCAGGUGGUGAAUCUCCUUCAACCACCGACAGUCAAGGUCGUUGUGGCGUUGUGUGUUGUACGAAAUAGCAUUGGGGAGAAUUGUUAUGUUGCCGAUGAGGUGAUAACUGGAAAAUCCGGUAGAAGAGUUAGAAUCGUUAACAGCGAUGCUGAAGGAAGAAUGGCCAUGGCUGAUGCCCUUUUUCACAUCAAAGAGAUGGCCCUUUGCUCGGUUAAUCCUCACAUAUUAACCGUUGCCACAUUAACUGGUCAUGCCAAACUUGCUGCUGGGGCUGGUUAUUCAAUUGUAAUGGACAAUGCGGUAGCAAGACAGUCGAGUAAUGCUGAGAAACUCCAGGCAUCCGGUGAGACUAUGGGCGAUCCAUUUGAAAUAUCGAGAAUACGUCGUGAGGAUUUUAGAUUUCACGAGGGUCGUGCCGAGGGCGACGACGUCAGACAAGCAGCAAAUGUACUCAGUACGAAACUUGAGCGCGGCCAUCAGGGCCCAGCUGCUUUUCUCAUAAUGGCUUCCGGCUUAGACAAGCAUGGUGCCUGUAGCUGUACACCCUUAAAGUAUACACACAUUGGAAUUGGUUCACAUCUAUCAUCGUGCCAUGCUCUUGAAAUACCAUACACCGGAAAUCCUGUACUAGCGAUGUCAUAUUGCUAUAUCAUCCAGGGCAAGUGUUUGACAAUGCGAAAUGAUCCAUCCGAUGAUAUGCAAUAUGUGUGUGAGAUUGACUGCAAACCCGUUGGCAUUGCACCACAGCCUUGUGGGAUGAUUGGAGAUUCGGGGAGAAAUCCCUGUAUCGUGCCUUGCACACCUACCGCUGGUGAAAAUACGUGCCAAUAUCCGGGGGAUGACGGUAGUGGCUAUAAAGCGCCGCCUGAACAACUUAUUGUUGAGCCUGCUUGUCUACCCAAUACCAAGAGGAAUAAAUUCUGAUGGCUGGGAGGGGGGCUUAAGUGGAUGAGGUAACGGAUAUAACAGACGAUGUUGUGUUUGUGUGAUGAAUAAAGGGCAAGUUAUCAAUGGUUGGAAAGUAGAUGAGUAUUCUGCUCAUUUUUCAAUUUAUUUAUUACCGACGGGUGGCAAUAAGACAUCCUUGCUGACAGUCGGUAAUGUAGACUUUGAUUUACCGGAAGACGGUUCUUUAUAAUCAAAACAGAUUUUCUAGGUUAUCGAUAAUGUCAGUUUAUCUGCUUCCUCGCUGAAACAGUCUCAACGUGUAAUCCAUAGUUGUUGAGGAUUUCGUUUUAUUCCUUCCGCAAAAGUGCAUGCGAAAAAUAUGUCGAUGUAUUCAACAAUUUCAGACGCAAAAUAACUCAAGUUUAUACAUUUAUGGGUUUAUAUUCAUGGAUGUAUAGCCGCCAACCAGAUGGAAUUAUCAAAUCAUGUAUAAUUCAAAUGUUCCUUGGGAAAACUUUUUUUAUGGGAAUUCCAGUGACAUAAUAUUGACCUCUGGUGAUAUACGAGACUGUGGUUGAGGGAAGAACCUGGCCACCAAAGGUAAACUUUCUUUUCGAGGGACACCCUUUCGAUAAUAAGCCCCCUGUUGUUGAAAAUGGUGAAAAAAACCGCAAACACCAAAGAGAGUACUAAAAUUUUAUGGCACAAGGUAUGGUGGCGAUCGCCGGCUUGUUGGGAGAAACAAAAAGGUUUUCGAUGAAUUUGGAAAGACCCGAUAGUGCCCCCUGUGUAACAACCCGAGUCCUGUGAACUCUUCGAACGUGAACAUCGGCCCUCCUUUUCUGCCAGACGGGUAAUGCAUCCCGCCUCGUUUACGUUGAUUGAGUAUUGGAAAAAGGUGUGAAGAAAAAAUUAAAUUCAAAUUUAUCUUGAGGUUUGGUAAUCGAGAAACAAUUGCCUUUAUACAAUUUUUCAUCCUGACAUUGUGGCAGAAAAUUGCAAGAAAUUAUUUUCAUUUUUAACGAAGGCCUUCAGCCAACUAUUUACAUUUUGUUUAGAUAAUUAUUAUUAAUAUGUGUACGUAAUAAUAAUUGGUAAAUUGCAGGAAAUGUAAUGAAAAUUCCCAACAAAACAUUGAAAUUUCGAUGAAUUUUGUCAUUUUCACUCGAGUCAUGUGUUUUUUGCUGACAUUUAACGAUAAAAAUUCUUUCAGAGCUCAUACGUCUGGCAAUUAACAAAUGCCAACGUAAUGAAUUAACGCACCCUCAAAAUUUCGCAAUAAUAUUGUUCGUAGGGUUUAGUCCAAGAAAACACGUAUAAAUGAUAAAACUAAUUACCAAAAAAAAUGAAUUCUAGAAAAAUGAUAAUGAUAUUUAUUUAUUUUUACGAAUCCAAUUAGACCUUUCAAGAAAAUUUCCGCAUUAUGCAAUCCUCUGUAAUAAAAUCAAUAGUUAAACCAAACGAACUGAGAAGUUGAAAGGGCUGGCGACAGACAUAUUAAUAGAAUGUCAAUUGCUGAUCAGAUGUAGAACAGGUAAAUAGACAUAAUAGUGACUUCAAGACGUGAAGUUGAGCGUGACUGGGUUGUAAAUCUUUGCUGAGUUUAUUAUGACUCUGGGUGAAUACAGGCGAAGUACACGCGAUUCAUGCAUGUCGAGCACUUGCUGAUCAUAAAUGGUAGCAUGCGUUAACACAACAUCAAUAUCGAGAAAUUUUAUGGCGAAGGGGGAUUAAUUCAGGGGGGAAAUACAGUAGCUUCAGGUUUCAAAAGGUAUAAAGAGGAUUGUCUUUUCAAUACUGAAAGCCUAUAUCAUAUUUUCCACGUAUUCAAUUAUGUCAGAGAAUUCUUUAUCUGUUGAAUACCGCAUUUCUCCAGUCGGCUCAUCACUAAAUAAAUAAUCUUCAUUAAGAUUUUUGUGGUGUAAAAUAUUUGCGCCAUAUUUUCCUUAAUUAAAAAACUUCUGUGACGUUUUGUG